UUCAGUUCCGGGUCUCGGAAUUGCUUCGUGCGCGGCGCGUUCGGCGGGGCUGAGGGACUGCGGGGCGGAACGGGACCAUGGCUCGCAACGCGGAGAAGGCCAUGACGGCCUUGGCAAGAUUUCGGCAAGCCCAGCUUGAGGAAGGAAAAGUCAAGGAGCGAAGACCUUUCCUUGCAUCAGAGUGUAAUGAGCUGCCCAAAGCUGAGAAAUGGAGGAGACAGAUCAUUGGGGAGAUUUCCAAGAAAGUGGCACAGAUUCAAAAUGCUGGAUUGGGUGAAUUCAGAAUUCGGGACCUGAACGAUGAGAUAAACAAACUUCUGAGGGAGAAAGGACACUGGGAAUACAGAAUAAAGGAACUGGGAGGUCCUGAUUAUGCUCGGAUUGGCCCAAAGAUGUUAGAUCAUGAAGGGAAAGAAGUUCCRGGAAACAGAGGCUACAAAUACUUUGGGGCUGCAAAGGAUUUGCCAGGAGUUAGAGAGCUCUUUGAAAAGGAACCCCUGCCACCCCCACGGAAGACUCGGGCUGAGCUGAUGAAGGACAUCGAUGCUGAGUACUAUGGCUACAGGGAUGAGGAUGAUGGGAUUCUGGAGCCCCUGGAACAGGAACAUGAGAAGAAAGUUAUAGCAGAAGCAGUGGAAAAAUGGAAAAUGGAGAGAGAAGCACGACUGGCAAGAGGUGAGGAGGAGGAGGAAGAAAACAUCUAUGCUGUCCACGAGGAAGAGUCUGAUGAAGAAGGUGGCAAGGAGAGAGAAGGUGAAGAUGGCCAACAGAAAUUUAUUGCACAUGUUCCAGUGCCAACCCAGCAGGAGAUUGAGGAAGCUCUUGUACGGAGAAAGAAGAUGGAGCUGCUCCAGAAGUAUGCCAGUGAAACCCUCCUGGCACAGAGUGAGGAAGCAAAGACCCUUUUAGGAUUGUAACACUGUACCAGUAUGGGCUGGUUUGUGUGUUGUCCCUCUGAAAGCAACAUUCCUAAGUUCUGGUAGCAGUGGGUUUUAACUCUGAAAGUCCCUUUGGAUGCUGAGUAAACUGAUGGAAUUAGUGUGGUGUGCAGGAGAGCCAUCAUUCUGCUUUCUCCACUGAGAUGAGUUGUACUGCAGUGCUGGAAAAGGUCAAACCUCRGUGAACUUGUCUCUGCAUCCAACAACUGUCUUCAGUGCUUUCAGUUUGGGAAAGGGUCUGUGCAGUGGGGCCUCUUACAGAUAAAACCACACCCAGUGAUCUCCUAAGUCACAAAGGGAAACUCACGGUGUUCCUGCCAUGCUGUCUGCUCUGUUCUGAUUCUGAGUGUGCACAUCUUCUCAUGCUGGGUUUUGUUGCGUUGAGAAGUAACUUAGGYUAUUACACCUGUUUAGUUUACCAGAAUGACCUGGAACCUGUCUAGAGGUACCUUCAAGGCAGAUCUUAUGAGUGACUUUGGAGGAGAUUUGGUUCUUUCUAAAACACAUGCCAUGUCUAAAACCUGUUACCCUUUUUGUGGUUUGUAACCAUGCUUGGAUGAGUUGCUUAAAUGCUGGAUAUUUCAGCAGCUACUGUAAAAACUUUGUGAUACUUUGUUCAAAUAUUUUUAGUAAAACUUAUUUACAGCCCGAUGUCUUGUUUUAUUCUAGCUCAARGGAUUGUGAUGAUUCCCUAGUGGUAGCCAAAGAACGGGAUCACAAACAGCCAUCCCUGUAGGGAUUUGAAGCUCUGCAUUCCCACUGAUCUUGGCUCAUGUACCCUGGGACAAGAGGCAAAGUAGAGCCUGUUCAGAGUCUUAUGGGUGACUAACAUUGUUGUACAGGUCUGAGUGAAUGGCAUUUGAAAUUGGACAUCUSCAGCCAUGGAGUGUUUCUGUCUAAGGAACAGAAUACCUAACAGCCAAGUCUGAGUCUGACACUGUUCAGCUUUUCUGGAUGCUCUCAGUAUUUAUCUAUUAUUACCUAUUGUGAAUAAUCCACUCCAGAACAAUCAAAGCUCUAAAUUACAGAAACAGGCUUUGUGUUACUUGAUGCAAAUGAUCAAACAAAAAAAAAAAAAAUAAUAAAAUUGAAAAAGUGGAAAGCAUAGCUGCCAAAUUAAAACUUUAAAAAUAAACCCCAGAAUAAAUCAAAAGCUCAAUUAUUGGUAGCAAGCAACUAACAUCACAAACACAUUCUUCUCUCUUGCUGUCAGCAGUGCAGCUUUCUCUGCUUUGUAAGAAAGCAGCAAAUGAUGUGUUUAUGACUCAGAUUACCACAUUUGUGUGCUCUGGGGUUGUGAGCAUUUCCAGAUUGGUUUUGUUGCUACCUCUUAAGUGCCUUUUUUUCCUGAGUGUCAAGAAGUGAUGUGCUUUUAUCCACAUGUUCUCUUGUGUUUCUGUAAAAGACAACACUGCCAGAGUCCC